GGGAGAUAUGGGGAGAUGUGGGGAGAUGUUGGCUCCCAGGCGAUGAAGGAGGAGAUAUGGGGAGAUAUGGGGAGAUGUGGGGAGAUGUUGGCUACCAGGCGAUGAAGGAGGAGGGGCUCGACGAGUUUGAGAUCGAGAAGCGGAAGAUCGGCGACGAGGUUGGUCGCUCUCGCGGAGGAGGAGUCCCUCAUUCUCAACCCACGGCCACUCGUCAGAGAUGAGUGUGACAGGUGCGCGCGGCGCGGAGGAGUGACUCACUAUUACUCACCUCUUACUCAGCGGGCACUCGCCAACGGCUCUUGGUGCAGGUCCGCGCGGCGCUCGAGAAGUCGGAGGCGGAGGAGGACGCAAAGGCGCGCGUCGCCGUCGGCGUGAAGGCUCUGAUGGAGGCAGCCGAGAGCAGCGCGAGCUGGCGCGCCUUCCUCCGCUCACCGCGUCACUGUGCGGAGUCGCUGUUUCGGCAGGUCGCCGAGAAGCGCGAGCUCCAGCCGCUCGACCUCUUUGGCUUCCUCUUUGACGGCGUGCUGGAUGCGGCCGCUGUCACGACCCUCAAGGCGCAUACGCGGCUGCUGCAGAAGCUCUACAAGGCGACGCCCGACAAGAAGAAGACGCAGUCCUUCCUCCUCAAGCAGAUCGAGGCGCUCGUGGGCCGCGUGCCGGAGCUGGAGAAGAAGGUGCCGACCCUGCUCAAGCUGCUGUACGACGCGGACAUCCUCGACGACGAGGACGUGCUCUUCAAGUGGCACGAGAAGGAGUCGAAGAAGAAGCUGGGCCGCAAGGUGCGCGAGGCGGCGGCCCCCUUCAUCACGUGGCUCAAGGAGGCGGACGACGAGUCGGAGGAGGAGUCGGACUGACGCCGCCGCCGCACGGCAAGCUGCGCCCGUUUCCCGUGCACGUGCCCUGCUCGUGCCCUGGACGUGUCCUGGACGUGUCCGCGGACUCGCGCGCCUCCGCCGGCCGAGAGUGGCUGGCCAUGGACCGCCGGUUGGCUAGUAGAGGCACCGGGCGCGGCGGCGGCGGCGGAUGCACCGCCUUCUCUGCUGCGCCCGGCACGCGUGGGCCGCUGUCGAGGAUGCCCGCCGCGGCGACGCCCCAUCACCCGUUUCAGGAGGAGAAGUUGCAGAGCGUAUGAGGUAGGAGUCCAGAGGAGUAGAGGGUGUCGGGGGCGUAUCUUGCUAUGUCUACGUCACUGC